AUGGAGCAGAAGGGGAGGAUAUUCUUAAUUUUGGUUGCAAUGGUUUUUCAUGGAACUGAAUCUUUCAGUGAUGAUGAUGGACCUCUUGUUCUUGACUAUUACAAACAAAAGUGCCCUUUGUUGGAAGAGAUUGUGAGUCACAAUGUUGAAGUUGCAGUUUUUAAAGAUCCUCGGAUGGCUGCUUCUCUCCUUCGCUUGCAUUUUCAUGAUUGUUUUGUCAUGAGAGGAGGGCCUAGCUGGGAUGUGUGGCUAGGCAGGAGAGACUCCUUGCAAGCAAGCUUCAGUGGUGCCAACCAGUUCAUCCCUGCUCCAAAUUCAUCUCUCGAAGCUCUCAUUUCCAAUUUCAAACAACAAGGACUUGAUAUAGGAGACUUGGUUGCCUUAUCAGGUAGCCACACAAUUGGAAAGGCAAGAUGUUUAAACUUCAGGCAGAGGUUGUAUGAUGUGAACUUCAGAGGACAGUAUGAACUAUACGAUAAGUACAGGAGAUAUACUUCCUUCCGAAGAAUCUUACAGUCCAUAUGCCCCAAAUCAGGGAGGAACAAUGAUUUAUCACCUCUUGAUUUUAUGACACCAGCCAGAUUUGACAAUCACUAUUAUGUCAACCUGCUCCAAGGAAAAGGUUUGCUGAUUUCUGAUAAUGUAUUGGUGACACAAGAUCAUGAAGGAGAGAUUCUAAAGAAGGUGUGGGAUUAUGCCACUGAUGAGAAACUUUUUUUUGCUUCAUUUGCAAAUUCUAUGGUGAAGAUGGGAAACAUCAAACCCAUCACUGGAAAUCAAGGAGAAAUCAGGAAGAAUUGUAGGUUUGUAAACACCUAA